UCUCUUCUACCCAGGCUGAGUAUCAGCUGCAGAACGUUACUUUGAUGCUCUGGUGAAGAAGGAGCAGAUGGAGGACAAAAUGAGGAACAUCAGAGAGAUGAAGUGUCGCGCUGUCAGCUGCAAAGAGUGCAAGUACACCUACUUCAAAGCGGCAGACCGCUGCGUGGCGGACAACCAUCCACUCUACUGGCACGACGCUAAGAAGCGUUUCUUCAAGUGUCCGUGCGGACAGAGAGCCAUCGCCCUGGACAGGCUGCCGCACAAACACUGCAGUAACUGUGGUCUGUUUAAAUGGGAGCGGGAUGGCAUGCUGAAGGAGAAAAAAGGCCCCAAAAUCGGUGGAGAACUUCUCCUGCCGCGAGGAGAGGAGCACGGCAAGUUCCUCAACAGUCUUAAGUAGAGACUCUUUUUUUUGCUGGGACAACUUCCAUGCACGUGACUUUUUUAUGCCCAUCAUGGAAAGACAUCUAUACUUGAUUAAAGUAAUACUUGACACAUUCA